AUGGCUGGCGGGCACAUGAACUACCGCCAUUUGAAUCGCUCAUCCGCCCACCGACAAGCUCUCCUCCGCAAUCUCGUAACCUCUCUCAUUGAACACGAGUCUAUAUCUACUACCUGGCCGAAGGCGAAGGAAGCGCAGCGGCUCGCGGAAAAGGUCAUCACACUGGGGAAGAAGAACACAGAAGCCAGUAGACGUAAAGCUUUGAGCAUUCUUUAUACACCACACGAUCUUUUACCGAAACUUUUUGGAACCCUCCGAGAACGCUAUGCAUCUCGUCCAGGAGGCUAUACCCGUGUGCUGCGCAUUGAACCCCUAAAACCAGACAUGGCCCCAUCUGCCAUCUUGGAGUUGGUUGAUGGACCAAGAGAUAUCCGAUUUGCAAUGACGGCGCGCACUAUAGUGACGGAGAGAGGCGAGGGCAAGGACCUAGGGGAAAUGACAGCACGGAAUAUAGACAAAGUCACAAGAUUCCGACCAGGUGGUCAAGGGGCUCUGGAGGAGAUGGUAGAGAAGAUUCGCCAUUUGAAAAUUGGAGAGAGGGAUAAUGCAGGUAGCACCGAAAGAAGGUGGGGUGGAAAUGUAUAG